UCGGAACACAAUCGCCUUUGGAAAUACAACAAAAUAAAUAUUUGGAAAUACAUAUAUUUCAAAAUUAUAAACACUUUUUGGAUCUUGGUAAGCAGAAAUGCCGCCCAAGGGUCCGGGUAAGAAGAAGAAGGACGUGGACUGGGCCGACGAUGAGCACUUCUCCAAGGAGCGUUCGAUGAUCUACAUAGAGCACACCUACGAGUGCCCCAUUUUCCAGACCAAGGCCGACGAGUGUGUUACGUUCCUGCAGCAGCGGAUUCCGGAGCGCAAGUUCCAGUUGGUGAAGAACAAGUAUGGACGCCAGGUGCCCCGGGAAGGGGCCUUCGAAAUAGGGUUCUCGCAGAAUGCCCGCACCUCCGUGCACCUUUUGUGGUCUGGCCUGGACAAAGGACCCCCACGGCGGGACAAGUUCCCCAUGGACUAUGAGACACUCGUUCCCGAUGUCAACAGGAUCCUUAAGAAAUUCUAUCCCGACAAGGCGGUGGGCGUGCUCGAUGAAGAUGAGGACGAACAGAGGGAAGAUGAUAUGUAAACAUAUUUUUAUCUUUCACUAAAUUAUAAAGUGUUUACCAUAA